AUGUCCGUCCGCGAGUGCACUGACGCCCCUGGCAAUAGGCAUUCGGACGUCGAGCAUUGUGGUGUGAGCACGUACGCUGCCGGCCGGAGAGGAGGUGCGAGCGCGAGAUGGGCACUUCAAUCCGCGGAUGUCUUCCACGAACUGUUUCUCGGGAAUUCCCGAGCUCAGUCAGCAGCCCUAAAACUCAACGACCCUCUCAACGAUAUAAAGCAGCACCACCUCCAUCCCGUUCUCGAGAGUGAGAGGCUAAGCCUUCAUCCGUGCUUACGAGAACAUGUCACAAAACAAGAAAUCUCCAAGGUCUGUCGAGAUGACGCCGACGAGGCCUUGCUAAAGUAUAAAGUAGUUCAAGAUCCAAAGAAGUGCGAACAUUACGAUUAUUUUUCUCCAGCCUUGGGAAAGCGGAUACGGCGGGAAGCGAAGAAAGGCGGAAAGGGCGGGAAGGGCGGGAAGAUCGCUGACCUCAUCGCCGACGUCUUAGCUCCCUUGGGUCUGGCAGACGAGGCCAUUUGCGGCAUUCUCAGACUGACCAGCGACAGAGAAGCUCUCAGAAGGUUCUCCAAGAAAACUGAAGAGGAGCUAAAGAAGUUCGGAGACAAAGUCAGAAAAGAACUACGAAGACAGAGGAGAGAGGACGAGAUUGAACAAUGCGAGAGAGGAAAUGGAGGCAUGUCCGACGGGGAGCUUAUGAAACAGCUGGGGGAAGUCGAUUUCGAAGAAGAAAGAGGACCGGGAGGACAUCAUCAUCAUCAUAAAGGCCCAGGAAGUGACCGACAUCGAGAUAGACCUCACCAUAGGGAUGAGUUACCCUUUCAAAUCCCACCUUUAGACCGUCGAAUCAAACUGGAGGCGGAGGAAGACCGGAGGAAGAAUUCCAGCCACCAUUCGAAGAGGAACAGCCACAAGAACGCCCAUCCAAUAGACCAAGCAAUAGACCAUCCAAUAGACCGUCGAAUCAACCUGGAGGCGGAGGAAGACCGGAGGAAGAAUUCCAGCCACCGUUCGAAGAGGAACAGCCACAAGAACGCCCUUCCAAUAGACCAAGCAAUAGACCAUCCAAUAGACCGUCGAAUCAACCUGGAGGCGCAGGAAGACCGGAGGAAGAAUUCCAGCCACCGUUCGAAGAGGAACAGCCACAAGAACGCCCUUCCAAUAGACCAAGCAAUAGACCAUCCAAUAGACCGUCGAAUCAACCUGGAGGCGCAGGAAGACCGGAGGAAGAAUUCCAGCCACCGUUCGAAGAGGAACAGCCACAAGAACGCCCUUCCAAUAGACCAAGCAAUAGACCAUCCAAUAGACCGUCGAAUCAACCUGGAGGCGCAGGAAGACCGGAGGAAGAAUUCCAGCCACCGUUCGAAGAGGAACAGCCACAAGAACGCCCUUCCAAUAGACCAAGCAAUAGACCAUCCAAUAGACCGUCGAAUCAACCUGGAGGCGCAGGAAGACCGGAGGAAGAAUUCCAGCCACCGUUCGAAGAGGAACAGCCACAAGAACGCCCUUCCAAUAGACCAAGCAAUAGACCAUCCAAUAGACCGUCGAAUCAACCUGGAGGCGCAGGAAGACCGGAGGAAGAAUUCCAGCCACCGUUCGAAGAGGAACAGCCACAAGAACGCCCUUCCAAUAGACCAAGCAAUAGACCAUCCAAUAGACCGUCGAAUCAACCUGGAGGCGCAGGAAGACCGGAGGAAGAAUUCCAGCCACCGUUCGAAGAGGAACAGCCACAAGAACGCCCUUCCAAUAGACCAAGCAAUAGACCAUCCAAUAGACCGUCGAAUCAACCUGGAGGCGCAGGAAGACCGGAGGAAGAAUUCCAGCCACCGUUCGAAGAGGAACAGCCACAAGAACGCCCUUCCAAUAGACCAAGCAAUAGACCAUCCAAUAGACCGUCGAAUCAACCUGGAGGCGCAGGAAGACCGGAGGAAGAAUUCCAGCCACCGUUCGAAGAGGAACAGCCACAAGAACGCCCUUCCAAUAGACCAAGCAAUAGACCAUCCAAUAGACCGUCGAAUCAACCUGGAGGCGCAGGAAGACCGGAGGAAGAAUUCCAGCCACCGUUCGAAGAGGAACAGCCACAAGAACGCCCUUCCAAUAGACCAAGCAAUAGACCAUCCAAUAGACCGUCGAAUCAACCUGGAGGCGGAGGAAGACCGGAGGAAGAACUCCAGCCACCGAAGACCGGAGGAAGAAUUCCAGCCACCGUUCGAAGAGGAACAGCCACAAGAACGCCCUUCCAAUAGACUCCAUCCAAUAGACCGUCGAAUCAACCUGGAGGCGGAGGAAGACCGGAGGAAGAACUCCAGCCACCGUUCGAAGAGGAACAGCCACAAGAACGCCCAUCUAAUAGACCAAGCAAUAGACCAUCCAAUAGACCGUCGAAUCAACCUGGAGGCGGAGGAGGACCGGAGGAAGAAUUCCAGCCACCGUUCAAAGAGGAACAGCCACAAGAACGCCCAUCCAAUAGACCAAGCAAUAGACCAUCCAAUAGACCGUCGAAUCAACCUGGAGGCGGAGGAAGAACGGCGGAAGGAUUCCAGCCUCCUUUCGAGGAGGAAUACCCACAAUAAAGCUCUUCCAGUCUUCCUUCAGAGGUGA